AUGGCGUGGAGGCCGGUGCUGCGAGCACCAGAAGCUGGGGUGGUGCCGUCGCGGUUGCUAUCGUCACUAUUCCUCCUCCGGCGAGGCAGUGGAACGCCGUACCGCGGAGGACUCUUAUGCCCGACGCGCUUCACAUCCACGACGACGACGACGACGACGACGGAAGGUUGGUCCUACGAGCAAGUGGACGCAGCGACGGGGCGCACGCCUCUCGAUAAACUUUAUGAGGAGCGGUUGCAACGCAUUCAGGCGGUGUUUGAGUCGCCGAUACCCCCGCUUCCAAGAGACGGCAACGUUAGCCCCGAUUUUUUGGUUGGCUUCGCCCACUACGAGUACCGGCUGCGCGACCAGUACCGUGCGGUGCUUGCGAGGGCGCUCGAUGUUCCCGUAGUGGCGGUGCGACUUUCUGUGGCGUGGGGCGGCCGCUUCGACGUCACCCGCUUCAACCGCGUUCAGAAGGUGUGUGGUGUGUGUGUGGCGCCAGAGCAGGCACCGUCUACUGCGGAGCUGCAGGAGCGCAUGAAGCGUGUUGUUCGCGCCAUCAAUGAACGGCAGUCAGAGUCCCUCCUGUCCGCCCAUCUGGUGCAGGCGUCGGAGGCCAUACCGGAGGUUGAGUUUGCCGCCGCCGAGCGGGACGCCGUGGUCGCGGAGCGCGUGCAUCAGUGGCUUCGUGAGCACGUCUUACGUCCACACCUUGUGGUGGUGCUCCACGGGGCGAAUAACGAUGCGAAGGCUGUCCACUACGGGGCGGCACCGCCACCGAACGGAGAGUUGGAGCGGCAGCGCGCCUUCAUUGAGAAGUGGCUAAAGGCCUUUUCCCAGCGCCGCAUUGUCCCCCAUAUAUUGUCGCUGGAGCGGCUCACCCAACUUUUCCAGGAGGCGGUGCGGCAAGGAGUGGUGAAAGGGGUUGCAAUGCUGCAGCCGCAGGACGAUCUCGGUGAGGCGGCGGUGCGCACGAAGGAAAGGGACGCAGCGGCGAAGUUUAAUCCCACGACCUUCACUGCUACAUCGCCCGCGGAAGAGGCGGAGACCUUUGUGAAAUCGCUCUCAGUGGAGGAUGCGGAUGCGUGCCGGCGUCUUCUUUGCAGGGCCGUUUUACGCCGGUACGACAAUCGUGCGGUGUUCCCGCUGCUCUUCCUUCAUGGCGAGUGUGCGGGUGGGGCGGAGGAGAUGCGGUAUCUGCUGCACAACAGGGAGGCCCUUGACGCGGUGCUUCUGCACCCCAACGAUGUGGCGUUCAAGAAGAAGUUCAUGAACCGCUUCCGCUCCUCCCAUUCACGGCUGCGCAUGGCGGAGGAGAUGUCUGUGUGA